CAGGUAAGAGACAAUGAUUGGGACUGGCGAUCCAUUUGUCAGGACUUUUUAUUUGACCGUCAAGUUCCACAUCUGGAAAAUAUUCUUGAAGCUCACUACAGAGGAGAUGUGAAGUGUUUCAUUCAGCAAUACUUAGAACCUGUUUUAGCACUACUCAAGAAAUUAAAGGUGUCAGCUGAGGUGAGUGUUAAGUCUUGGUUUAACUGUUGUCCAUGUUUAUGAUAUUUAUUUGGUAAAUCUCUAAUUCUUUGUAGAUCAACAUGAUACUAGGUUGAUGAAAGUUUCUGCUAGUUUGUCUGUGAUAUAAUUUUUUUGUCUGGUUCCCUGUAAGGAAAUUACUUCUGAAGAAAUGUUUAUCUUCUUGAAAGAUACAGAGGAACCUUUAUUCUAACUUGAAAUCAUUUUAGAGUACAACAAAUAGAUGUGGAUUGUCUCUCAACUCUUAAGAAAUUAAGUGGGAAGAGGGAUUGGUACAACAAGCUACAUUACACACAUAUUUCAAUUAUUUCCUCACUUAUGAUCUAUUGGGGGACACAAGUCAUGCAGAGAUGAUGUCACAAUUAGAAUUUUCUGCUUCCUUAUCAUACAAAACAUAUAGCCUUCAUACUGCCACAUGUUUAUAAAAACAGAUCACAGAGGACAUCAAAAUGUGGUAAGAACCUUUUUAGGAACACACUGGCUAGUAGCUCAAGGGCCAAUUUUUUGUUCUUACCACUUUUUGAUGUUAUAUGUAAUAUAUUAUAUAACAUAUAGCAUGGAAUGUAUUUAUUGAUUAAUUUUUCCUGUUGGAAAAAAUCAGGAUUUCCUACUUUAGUGAAAGUAGUUUCUUUUUGUAUUCAGAAUUGUUUUGUUGUUAUUAGAUGAGUAAAUAUAAAUCUAAGUUAUUGAUGCAUGAUCAGUUACUUUUCAUUCCAUAAGCUAUUGGUGUUCACUUUUUUCUACUUCUCUUCAUUAUAAUAGUUAUUCUUUUAAGAAUUAAAAAAAUUUUUAAAAGGUUUUAGAGGCUCACUUAUCUUAAACUCAUGCUUAGCACUUGAAUUUUGUAGCUUCAAGUGUAAUAUUUUUUGACAAGAUCAAGAUGUUGAUAAUUUUUUUUUUUUGUUGCAGAAUUUUUUCUGCAGCAGUGAGAAGCCAGAUGAUGCCUGGGUACCUUAUUACAAAAAACUUGUUGGCAAUGUUAUUCAUAUUACUAAACUGGACUCAAGUCUCCACAAAGGAGAUUUUUGUAUGAACUUAAGCUUAGCUGUUCCAGGAAAUCUUAUAAUAAAAUAUUACAGAGCUGGAAAUGUGCAGUCAUUUCCACUGAAGGCUGAAGACUUCCCUCUCAUUUGGCAGAAGAACUGGACUGACAAGAUGCGAAUAGAGAUGCAAGGACGUUUUUUAUUUUUAAACUGUAUUAUAAACUCCAAGAGAGGAAUGGAAAGAAGGCCAUGGAGGUACCUCAUGUCUGAAAGCGGAAAUGUUAGUGUUAAACAGUUGAAAGGUAUGUUGAUUAAUGAUUAUGUAUCAAGAUGUUUGUCUUGAUUCUUUUAUUAGCAUUUUGUGUUAGAUAUUUCCCAUAAAUUUUUGUAAACAAUAGCUGGUAUAUUAGGAUUAUCUAGCCAUGGGAGCACUUUUCAUUUCAUCAUUUAGUAACUAGUUGCCAAUUGUAAAAUCUCAUGUUUACCUCAAGGCCUCUUUAUCUAUGCUUGGGAACAAGAUGACAUGGUAACUAGGACUAAUUUUUUUUCCUGUCCAUAAAGGAAAUUCUGGCUUGCUUUAUGAAACUGAUAUUUGAACCUGGGUGUUGUUUGUUUGGGAAAUUUUAGCUUGACAGGCAAAAUGAAUAGGGUACAAUCUUUCAACUUUCAUCCUGGUUCAUAGAAUGGACUGGUCUUGUGGAAACUUUUCCACUUGGUUACCUAGAAGUAGACAGGUUUGGCCAUUGUGUUAACAUGCAGGUUAGAACAGUUUUGUACAAACUAAUGUCCCAUGCACUCAGUGCAUGUAGGAGACUUACAAAACGUGAACUCCUGAAGAGUCAUCGGAUGUUUUGAAUUGGGAAGGUAAAGAGGAUGUAAACAUGUUUACUCAGCUUAUUCAUUGGUCUCAUAAACAGAGAUCUUCUGGUUUUCUUUUGUGAGAGAGGAAUUUCUGGAGUUGUAACCUGAAUGGAAGAACAUUGUGAUAGUGAAAAUCAAACUGACAGAGUCUAAAGAAAAAUAGUGGUACUGCUGAUGACUCUAUCGCCUACAAUCCAGUGAUUACUGGAUUGUCUGUGUCUAAAGCCAUCAUUUUAAUUGGGUUGUUCUUCCACUUCUGCUUGUGCUGCUCUGGAAAUCUGGUUUCUGCUGGAUGGUAAUCAUGGGAGUCAGUAAGGGAAAGUGGAGGAAAAUGAAUGGUUGUGAUUUUAUGAUUCCAAUUCCAUUGGUCGUAGGAUUCCAUCCACAGUUGUAAGUGUAGUAUUCCACUUACAACUCCAGUUUUUUAUUUUCACUUGGUGAAAGCAUUCUUACAAUUUCCACUUUGACUCUGACUCCAUUCUUGGGGAAAACCAGAGGUAAGGGGGUCAGCACACUUUCACAUAUGAAAACAUAAAACCUUUUUGAAAUAGGAAAUUGCACUGCUAAGCAAUUAAAAUAGGUAAAAGAAAUUGUUACUCAGCAGUUACACCAUUACUUUUUGUAUAUUUUUUAAUUUCACACAGCUAUUGAUAAAGACGGCUUGGAGAAAAGUUGCAAAGUAAGCCGUCAAUCUCUGUUUAUGGAGAAACCAAUGAAUGCCUUUGAUGUGAACUUUGAGUUACUUCACAGUGGUGUGGCUUCACUUCCUGGUAUGAAAAAAAAUACUUUGACUGUUUUUCUAUUUUUUUUAGUUGUCGUGGUGAAUUGAGUAUUGAGAGGAGUAUGAUUUUUGACUAGUUUUCUUUUUAUAACAGCAAAAACUCAAGAUGCUGCUGACAUAUUUCCAUCUCAAAUGGUCCUGGUUUAGGCUUUCUCUUUGCUAUGUUCUUCCUCUCUCACAGGGUCUCAUUUCCACAUUAAGCACAGUUAAAAAAUUACUAGUAAACUGUCAGGGGAACUUGGAAUUUCCUGACUUCCUUCAAAGAGAGGGAAGUGAUUAAAGUGUUUCUUCUUGUUCUUUAAAACCCUUUCUAGUAAUAGUUGUGGAUUUCUCUAAAAUUAUAAAUACUUCAAUGUUAUCAUAUUGUAGUAUUGUAGUAAAUAGUGUUCAUCAAGUGACAGACCCCUAAGGAUUUUUUUUGCAGUCAACAGUAUUUUUUUAAAAAGAUGUUUUGUUUGCCUCUGGGCUAUUACACUUUUUUGGCAAGUUUUGUCAAACAGUUUUGUUGACUUUUUAUCUUCCUUUUUAACAUUCAUUCCCUCAUUUUUUAAGGGAAAGCUUUUAGGGAAAAUAAAUUGUUGUGCAACUUUGUUUGUUUUGUUGAAAAUGUUCGUACUUUGCCUAUCUCUCAAUGAUGAAUUGACUAUAAAUCCAUGGAAGUGGAAAUAAUUUCUCUAUACAGUCAACUCACCAUGGCUAAUUUGAAGUCAGUUUGAUAUUGUUGUCUAUUUAUAUAUUGCUGUUGAUUUUCAAAAGUGCUUUUAGUUCCUCUUGUGCAAUAUAAUUAAUUGACUUUUAUGAUGAUUUUUAUCUCUCUGUCAAGUGCUGUGUCUUUUUCAUUUUAUUGUUGUAUUUUGGUCUCAAAUGGUUGCUAUGGCAUUUUUAUCAAAAUAAACAAGAAUGGUAAUAAAAUAUCUCUGAUAUCACAAUGAAAAUUAGCAAGUAGGAACAGAAUGGAACUUUUUUGGCAAAUCAUUCUAAAUUCACAUUAUGACAACUCAAUGAAGUUAAGAAAUAAUAAUUUGAAUUUCAUUUUUAUUGUUUAAGCCACAGAAUUGUGUUGGUAUUAUCAGCUUCUGUGUACCAAACACUCAAAUAUCAGAGUUUUUUUCUCUUCUUAUAGAUAAAGUAUAUUCGAUAGGUUUUCUUCAUGGUAAAUGCAAAUUUUGUACAUUGAACUUUUUGGUAUUUAAUGUCCUUACUUCCUGUGUAUUUAUGCUUAGUAAAACAUUUGUUGAUCAUCAGAUGUUAUGUAGGAAAUAUGAAUAGUGAAUAUUGCUGAACAUCUAUAGAUUCAAUUAUUGCUGAUUCAUGGUGUUUCAUGAAAAAUGGACCAUUACAUUACCCACUUAAUCUGUGAUGACAAAAAAUUGAUAUUACCACCUCUAAGUAUGAAAUACUAAGUAGUGUUUACAACUGAUCACCCAUCUUUCAAUUCAAAAAGAGAUAUUUCUUCUUGGUUUUUUUUAUACAUGCACCAUAUGAGCAUAUCAAAAACUAAUCUGAUGAUACCAUGAUAAUUUACAGGAAGAUUUUUUUAUCUCAGUGUUCUUGAAAUCAGAACAUUGUUUUAACAUCUGUGUAUAAAUGAUAUAUUACUUGCUGGAGUCAGUAAUACUAGUUGAAUAAAUUUAUCUACAUACUAUAAGCUAUAUAUGUAUUUAUAUAUCGUUUAACUUUCUCUCCUCUCAAGAGAAGUCCUUACUAUAAUUUAUCACUUGUCAGUUAUAUUCUUUGCAGAUGCAUAUUUUACAGAGAUUUUUAAAGCCUUAAAGAAAUUAUAGUGAGCACUUCAUUAACCACUGAAGUAAGAUCAUAUUUAAUGCAGUUUUAACAAAGAAAAAGCUCUAUGCAAGUGACCUUUAAUUCUAGGACUGGAAAGCUAUUUUAAGGGUUUUUGUUUUAAAAUAAACAAUAUUGGUCUGUGAAUGUUAUAGAAAGUUCACUGUUAUCAAAGUAUGAUGUCACUUGGUAUCAUACUGCUUUCCUGUGUAUUCUUCUUGGAUCUUGUUAUCAUUAGAUGACUGUAAAGGUAACAGCAAACUAUCUCAUUUUAUAUACUAAUCAUUAACUUUUGGUAUGGUUAGACAACUACCAUUUUCAAAGUUUUGAUGUGUGAAUCAUGUUAUAUUGUACUUGUUGAUCAAAACAAAGUCCACAAGUCUUCCUUUUAAAUUAAUGUUUUAGAAUAAUUUGUUACUUGGGUUCUUGAACUGUUCUAUGUGGACUUGUGUGCCAUUUAUUUUUCACCAAUGGUGAAAGUAUUGUAUUGUUUGGUAACAAAGGUAGUGUAGCAUGCAAAACAGUGACAUACACUAAAUCUGAGUUUUUGAAUCUAAUGAAUUUGAUGAUCCCACAUUUUCAGAUUAAAUAUUAACCUUUCUGCUCCCAGGAGGGACCAAGAGAUAAUUUUUCCUUGAAAUAUUAAAAUACUAUCUAGCAGGCAGCUAAUGAGAUUAAAAGAAAAUAAUUACUAGGAGAUAUUUGAUUGAACAUCAAAUUCUCAGAUCUAACUUGAAAAGUCAUGUAGGGCAGACAGUAAGGAGAAUUACCAUUGAGAUUUCUGGAGUGGAGGGAUUAAAUUCAACAACUUAGUUUAUUUUGACUUUGUAUGUUGGGUUGAUUUGUUUUAAAAUAUCAAUGUCCCAAGACUUGUCCAAUGUUUACAACUUGUAAAAUCUUGGGGCAUUCAGGGUAUACAUAGUCAAAAAAGUGACAACACUCUCCUCUUCACACUGGUCCAAUUCAUAAAGUAAUUGAUGCCAUAUGAAAAGACUGCACAUGAGCUGAGCCAGCCCCCACCUCCCCCUACUGCUGCUACUGAGGUAUCACUACUCUUCAAAGGUUGGGAUACUGGUUUGUUACGGGUUAUUGCAAACCUUUUUUAUCAAGUUUGCCUGACAAUUUUCUUCCCCCCAUUUAUACUCCUGGUGGGUGGAGAGAAAGGCACCGUGAGAGUAACGUCGACAAGAAUAAGACACAUAGGACUUUGCAUGCCUUGAAGUCGGGUUUAGUAACCAUGAGGUGAUGGUGAUAAUAGUGCCUCCCACAUUGAUGUGUUGUUAUCUUUGUUCUUUAGGUAACAGAGACCUAAGAGGUGGAGCUAUCCUUGUGGUUGACAUGUCACGCCCUGAUUGGGAUAAUGUUGCUUAUACAAGUGUAGACUUAGCAAGACUGUUCAUGUACUUCCAUAGCAUUCCUAUGUGAGUACCUCCAAUUUUUUAAUCAUUCAUUCUUCAUUGAAAUUUUUUUUGAUCUGAACAUAUUUAGUUUGGAUAAGAGAAUCGAUUGUUCAAAUUAUUGCUCUGUCCGGAUGGUCUAUUGCAGUUGCUCAGAGUCUUUUUUAAUAGCGCUCUAUCGGGCGCUAAGUCACAAGCAAUUGACAUUUUUGGUGUCUAGUACGCUGGAGGGAGAUAAAUCAAGUGAGAGUCAAUAGUGUGGCGUCGAAGUGUAUAAUAUAAGUAUAUUGAAAUCCGAAGUCACACAGAGAGACUCUACAUUAAGCCGGGAGUUAAUUGGUGGUCCUGUGGUAAUAAGGACUCUCAACGAAAUGAACCCACGCUCUGCUUAUAAACCACGUGGUCAUUUCUUCUCAACGCCCACGCUUUAUCAAGGGUUCAUUGAAAUGAAACUCUUGCAAAAUGUUUAGACACGUUCUCUUCUCUUGUGCGUACCUCUCUAAUGCGACUGCCUGGCGUUGUGUUGUUACCUGGGAAGCGCGAGAAACCAAGGCUGAUAUAGACUACACUUCUGCUGAAAAACAUUGAAUAUUAGUCCGACAUGAAAGUGCUUUUCGUCUCUUAAACUUUCAUUCAAGUGACCUCGUCAGAAGUUUUGCGAAACAUGAUUGUUUUCUCAAGAAGAUUUCAACGUGCUUCAUAAAAACCCAACGUACAUUUUGAAAGUCCAGUUCUAAGGAAAGUUAUUUUUUAUGAGUUUUUUGUUAAGAGAAUAAUUUAUUAUACUGGUAUGUCUUGAUUAAUCUAAUGAGUGGCAACCGAAAGUGCCUCCACUUUACAAGUCUCAUGGUGGUCUGUUUAGCAGGUCUGUUAUCUCACCCCUUCCCUCUGCUAAGUCUGGCACACUGUUCCACAAGGCUCAGUUUGUGUUAGCUUAGCAGAAAGUUACGUCAAUCUCGUAGGCGCUUACUUCUAGAAUACGAUGAAGUUUUCUGUCGGCGCACAUGCUUUGAGUGUAUAGUUCCCCGAGAGAGCGUACACGUGGUCUUAGCGUGAUGACAAGUGCGGAAAUCAGUGUCUGCAUUGCGUGCAGUUAGGGCUAAUCCGAGUGUCUAAUAUCAUUGUUGAGUCGGUUGGCCUUGCGAUCCUUAUCAUUGGAUGUUGGGUCGUGUAAAUCCGUUGGAUAAUUAUUCGAGACUAUUGCCGCAUUGAAAUCCUUCGCCGUAGCAACAAUUUUACCUGUGGUCAGUCCGUAUCUUAACAAAGGUACCCAACCAAAGGUAUGUUCAUCUUGCAGGAGAUUAUAUAAAAUUUUUAUGGAGUAGUUGUUGGUGAGCUGUGGAGAUUAUGCUGUGUUUAUUGUUGGUGUUUUAGCUUGAUAAUCUGCUUGCCUUCUUUCAUAUAAGUAUGUCAGAAAGCUCUCUCGCUAAAACGCUUUCCGUAAAGUGAUACGUCUCUCUUUGUUUACAUUUCGGUUAAGACAAUCCCGUCUUUUUUUUUCUUUUUUUUUUUUGGAGACUGUUGAGAGCUGCUUAUUUAAACACGAAUAACAGAUCUUUAAAUUAUUUUCACGCGAUCAACUACUGAAGAAAAAUAACAGCAAGGAGGGAUCUACGAAAGGUCUGCCCAUCUCCUUGUCAAAGGCAUUGUUUCCAUAAGCACCACAAUUGUAUCGAGUGUUUACGUCUCAACCGAAAUGUUUCUGAAUUGACGCAUUGAAGAACGAUAGUCUAAAGGCGCGGUAGACAUGGAAAACCGCUCUACUAAGGAAAUAUUUAUAAGCUCUGGAGAAGACUCGUUUGAAAAACACGACGAUGUCAAAGGUCGCACAGGAGAUAUCUGGGCGUCUCCGCCAACUGAAGGAACCAGAUCCAUGUAUGCGUCUACUUUGAUCACACUUGUUGUUUCUUGGUACAGUCAACUAACCUGUACUUUCAAUGUUCAGGAUGUUUCACUUUUUUUUAAAUAAAACUCAGUAUGAUAACGAUAUAAAUCAUCAAAUCUUACUGAAUGUUAUCCCUAUAAUAACUGGCUGUUCGUUUGAGAGUCAGACCACCCACUAGCCUUACCAACACAAAAGAUAUAGCUGGCCGUGGGAGGCUUUGGAAAAGUUUUGCCGGGAUGGAAUCAUCUUAGUCAGAACUGAAGUGCGGCGUAAUAUGGAGCUGGGAUCAGUAUCGAGUGCGGCUCAAUAUUGAUUAGUUCAAUUCAUAAAAUGAUCUCUCCGAGCUGUGGUCAGUUUUUGUUCGAGUUGGUGUGACUGUGGCCUGGUGCUGUCCGAAGGUGAAUUUGUUUGACGCCUCCGUGACCCUUUUGAUGUUCACAAUCCUAUGUUUUUAUAAGCUAAAUGCAUGCUAUAGCAGAGAACGAGAGAUGAACGCAUCCAUUCUUCAUAAGCAGUUAGUUUUUAUCGGGGAAAAGCUACCUCUGAUGUUUGCUAGGUGAUAGCACUUUUUUUUUUGUGGCAAACGGAAAAAGAAAAAACCAACAACAAAGAUUGUUUUUUAACAAGUUUAUAAUCUGUCAACAUCCCCUGGUACGCCAUUACUCUAGCAAAUUAACACUGUUAAUGCAAAACGACUUCCAGUCCUUUUUUUUUUUGCUAUAGUUGAGAGAGAUCAGAUUCUUAACUGAUGUACUUCCGCGGCAGCAUUUUCAAUUUGUGCAUACAAAUGUAAUUCAGUUGUAGAAAACAACUUAAUAAGGAGCAAACAAAUACAGAUUGGACAAAGUAGCGUCAAAGAAUAUUCCAGGAGAAUAUAUCCUCGAAUAAACCGCUAGCUAAUCAGCAAAAUAUAGGCUUUCCAAUGUUCAGAGUAAAUUUGGAUGGUUUUUUUUCCUUGAUGCUGGAAGGUUUGUAGGCAUUUAAUUUGAGGAUACAUGCUUAGUUAGGGAAUGUAAGCUGUAAACUGUUAUUCUAAGGAUGUCAAAGUGGAAAUCGAUCGUUCAACUUUCGGGAGUUACGUAAAUUUUUUUCGAGUGAUGUGUUUCGUUGUGUCCAUAUUUCAAUUUACCAUAACAGUUGUGGUACAAUUGGUUUCUUCAGGGCACCCAGCUUGAUUUGACUACCCCUGCAAAUAGCUUUCACUCGUAUUUCUUGUUGUAAUGAACGCCAAUUUCCUGUAGAUUUUGUAGGCACGGCACUAUUGAGUUUCACCUCAGAAAAAGCAUUGUUGAAAGUUUUGCCUUUCAACACCAUCGUUUCACGCUGUUCUUUAAGAUGACGGUCAGCGUUUGCCUACAUCCUGUUCAGUUUAUAGUCUCUAAUAGUUUGGAGCGAAAAAAUUUACAUCAUCGAACGGUUUGCACGUUAUACAUUUUGUUUUUGUACAAUUUACUUUUAAAUUUUCCCACGGCGAUUUACUUUUCUGCAAACUGUACAAUUUAAUGACACUAGGUAUUUGUGAAUGUUGAUCAGUUGACCGGAAGUGUCAGUAGAGGUGCAAGGCGCUAUCAAAUGUCUGACAGAUUUGCUGCAAGUGGUCUUUGAAUGACACAUAUGUUUUGUUUUUGCGCAGAAAAGAGAUCCAUAGCCUUGGGUUUUCAAUCAUCAUCGACGCUCGAAAAUCAGGCACAAAACGGAAAUAUCUUGAAGACGUUGUGGAAGCAAUGGUUUGCUUCCAGGUAAGUUAUUUGAUAAACUAUUUUAGAACGAUACCGCUCCGUUAGCGGAUUUUCUACGUGUGCUGAAUACGUCACAUUUUUAUCUGAAAGAAUUUGACAGUGGAGAUUCAAGUCGGAAGAAAGAUGACCUAUAACAUUAACGUACACGUUUUAAAAAUAUCAAAUUUAUAUAUAUAUAUAUCUCACCAAAUAUAUUUUAAUCUUUGAACAUCACCGACGUUUAUUCUUCACAUAAAAUUUAAAAUUCUUUGGGUUUCCUUUAACGCCGCUAUCUGAGGGUAUUUGUCCUUUGCCUAAUGGACGGAAAUAGUUCUUUUUGCGAAAUAACAAAGCGGCACUUAUUAUAUUAAGCCUCUGAUGUUACGUUUUAAGUGUCUGACCUAUUCUCAUUAACUAGGGAAAAGAAAAGCGUGACUUAGCGAAAAAACUGAACCUGAAUGACCACGUGUUAUUUACUUUGUAAAUAUUCCACUUAUUAUUUCUCAGUGCGAGCUCUUUACAGAACAAACACAGCACGGUAUAUCCAUGUCAAAUAUUCAUAAUUUGUGCCAAUGGUCUAUAAUUCCAGCUAAAAUAUCAGUACUUCGUCAUCUGUAAUUGUUUUGUUUUAUGUACAACGCGUCGCUCGAGGUAUGAAAAAGAACGCAAGGAACAAUCGAACCCCGAAAAACUUUUAAUAAAUUGCAUAAAGAUUCCCAACGCCAUGGAAUGUUUGGACGAUUUCCUUGGGUGAGACGAUUGCAGACGAGACGAUGAUUGUUAGAUUCCGUUCGUUUGAAGAUAAAUACGAUGAGAUAUGCCUUUUUAAUUAAGAGAGCGAGAGAGAGGGUUUGUUGUCAAUAUCAUUACAUACGAGGAGAGCUGCUCAAUUUUUUCCCUUUUUUUUCUUACCGGUUGAUUUCAAAGGGAUCCUUUCUUGUUUGUUGGUUCUCUGGUUAAAAAUAAAACGCACACCCACACGCACACAAACUGAUCGAAAUCUGGUUGGUAACAAGCGUGAAUGAUAAAUUCUGCGAUGUACAGCCGUAAUAGCUGGGUCUUUGGAAUCGCAUUCGGAUUUAUUGCUAUCUGCUAAUCCUUUUUUCUCAAAAGAAAACCUUUUCUGCUGCUCUCGCUUAUUGAAAGAGAGCAAGUUGCUGUAUCUUACACAGACUGUAGCUGCUUCGUUCGAUAGGUGUGGUUUCCACCUUAUCUCACAGUUUGUCGGCCUUGACAAUACAGUAAAUACACACCUAUUACUGUGUCUCCCAAAGCGCUUAAAACUUCUCAGCAGAUGGUCGCCGGGUGAUAAGAAGUUUGUCCAAUUGAGAUCGCUGUCUCUCAGAUUUUACAAUAAAGUUACAGCUUUUUAAACGCCUCUUUCACUGCAUAUGUUAAGUGACGUAGAUUGAAGACCAAAAGAGCAAUUUAUGGACAACUGUGUUUCCUCAGCACUACAUCAUUUUGACUGAAAGUUGAAAUCGUGGACUAGCCUCGCCAUUUCAUAGCGUCACUCCAGGAAUAUUUUGGUUUGCCGGCUUGAGGGUUGAGGCCGGUUGGUUAGUUUUUGUGUUUGUUUGUCUCUAUAGCGAUGUGUCUUAUCGAUAGUUUAAAUUCUUCUAGGAAAGCACUCCUGGAGGGGUACACAUGGUGUACAUCGUGACAAAGAAGGACUCCCCUCUCGUCAUAUUCAGCGGUUCAAAGGUCAAAGAACAACUCAACUUUGAGGUAAGAGUGUAAAUGGAACAGCACCAUAUUGUGCUGCGCAUGCGUUGCUAUGCUGUAUUAUGAUGCACUGUCAUAACCCUAAACCUUUAAAUUAAGCAGGUUCUGUUUCAGUGCCUUCUUUAAUGUUCAGUUUCUUUCUAAUUUACUAGACGUGAAAAAUUAAACUAUAUGAAGUCGGUAAUCGAACGCUAUUUAGUCACUUAAGUUGUCAGUCGGUCAGUUGGUCUUUGACGCUUACUCCUUACUAAAAUCGGGCAUCUCAAUAUUCAAGAGCAUCAUAGAUAUGUUUGAUUGAAAACUUAUACCGUUCAUAUGCAAUUGGGGUCAAAUGAAGCACAUUAUAAAGGCACUAGGUAACCAACACUACGUACCCACUCCACUCCCCUUCCGUCUGACGAUACCGAAUUUAUGUCUCAAGGAUUAUGGAUAACACUUUGCACAGUAUUGCGGAAAGGAAAAAUGGAAGGGUGGGCGUGCGAAGUUUGGCAGCCAUCGCUAAUAUAUACAAUAUUUUUAAAAAUACACUUGCAGUUAAAAAUAAUUUAGUCACUCACGAAAGCAUACUAAGCCUAGAAUAUAUAGUCAGCCUGACCUAAAAUAGUCAAAUUACGGAAAUGAAGGAAAAUCUGACUGAGUGGAAUACAUGGUGAAAGUCACAUGACGUACACCAUUCGCUCACGGGACUCAUGUGAUUAGUACUAGUGUGCAGUUGGUUACAUAACAACUCUUGACAAACAUCUAACCAUUUAAAUGCACGGAAUAUUUUUUUGGCAGAGCUCCAAGCUCAAGCUUUUGUCAAAGUUGAAAGUAAGAGACCCAAGAUCAUAAAAUUGGCGUAACAAUUGCAUUUAGUCUCUGAGGAAAAAGCAAACUAAGAGAAAACAAGACACAGAAAACUUGUGCAAUAAAAUAUGCGAGGGAAUUGUUUUUUUCCGAAGGUCAAAGCGAGAUCUCGAGGUCAAAUACUUACACAACUGAGGAGAAAGAAGCUUCUCUUGAGAAAAUGAAAACGACGGAGUUUUGAUAGUUUUAUAAGGAAAUUGUCAUCUCACUUUAAUUUCACGCUCUGAACAUAAAGUAAUGAAAAUGUUUCACCAUAGUAAAGGUCGCCAAAUUGGCGACUUUUCGGCGAUCAAAACUGAUUUUCCUUCCAAACAUUUUAGAUGGAAUUAAGUCUUGCUCUCUUUAUGGGAUAGAUAUGGAAGUAAAAGCUAACAAUGAAUUGAACUACCUUUAAGUUACAUCAUAACGGCCUUAUUAUAAGUUUUUCCUGCAAGAACUCGAAUGUGAAGCGCGUGGUCAUUUUUAUACGGAAAUUCCCAACGGUCGGGUUCGCAGAGCGAGCUUGGGAUUAGUUUUGAUUCAAGAUGGCGGAAAUGUUUUUGACGUUUUGUUUGAAAUGAGGAGUACAACAGGGGAUGAGCUUCUUAGUUAUGGAGAAGAAGCAAAUUUUUAUCUAAAGGGAUCGACUAUAACGAUUAUGUCCUCAUUACACUGGGAUGAAAAUGAUGACACUUUUGUAUUUUUUCGGCAAAUGUUGAACUGCAAUGUCCUUCUAUCCCUAGUUCGCACCAAAGAAGGGCUCAUAAUCUACGUAGUACAAUAAUGCAAUUUCUUGUUUGCUGUUAGAAACUUUAACUCUUUAUUUACCGAAGCUUGGCCUUACAAAAUAUAAUACUGUAGCUACAGCCGGUUCAACAUGAUUUUUUUUCAUCACUUGCAGCAACAAUUACCUCAGAAAAGUCGUUAUAGUCCAGUUAUCGUUAUUGUUCAUUUCCGACGACCAAAACUCGCAAAAAUUCUCAGAUAGAGUUGUAACAGUUCGCAGCACUAAUAAACUGUUGAAAGGAGUUUUUAAGGCACUACUGUUACUUUUCGGCAAUAAGUCUUAGUAUUUAUCGUUCGUCCGCCAGACAUUGUCUGGAAUUAAGAUGCAUGCAUGCAUGUGCCUGUGUUUCGCUACCAGACGCAUUAAAACUGUCAGUGGAGUUUAAAGGUAACACGGUCAUGUGGUGACCCCAAUAAAAGGGACACCCUCUAAUACUCACUGUCCCUGGGGUAAUUCCGUAUGGGGAAGGUUUGACUGUUUAUCUAUACUUUAAGUUAGCUGUUGACGCGGUACAAUCAUCUUUAUGGCUCUGUAGUUUUUGUGGUAGUGGUCAAGUGUGGAUACUUGUUUUAUUAAUCGCCAUGACUUCGGCUGACCUAAAACACAGCGAACUUUUCACCAUAUCUAAAACAAGUCAGUGCUAUAGCCAACUUCUCUAGCGUUGUGUACCAAUGUGGGGCUGGAAUCGCCGAGCGCCUGUUGCAAACAGCUGCGUUCAGACUUUAAUUGAACAAGUUGUUAGUACUUUAUCAGCGUUUGAUUUGUCGGAAUUAGCUUCGUCUCCGUACGUGGUAAGUUUCUUGCUCUUCUUUUAAGAGGGGCGGCGUUCUUAGUGCAAUUUAAAUACUUUUUUUAUGUUGGUGAAAACAAAAAGGACAAUAUCUUAUGAUAUCCGAAGUGCGCUAGCUACUCGCAAGAAACAAUUUCCGAAAGAUUCACGAACAGGAAAAUGUUCUUUUGUUCUCUUUUCAUGUUAUUUUGUUAGCAGUCUGUAAAGUAGAGGUGUGUAGGAUAUGACGAUUCUUUCUUUGAGGAACAGAUACAUUUUAUCUCUCUUUAUCGUUUUAUUAUUCUUGAUUGCUUUACAAUAUACGGACUAAAGUUUGCACGUGCCAGUAUGUCUUGCUGCACAUGACACUGGUCGCGUAGGUAUUAGUGUUCCACUGAGAGCUUUGCCUCGGCUUCGUAGGAACGUGAGAGAGAACGUGACGAAUUCGCCUUAAUAGUUGAGAUUACGUUUAUAAAAAAAAUAUGUAGACAAACCUUUCACAGGUGGUAGGAAUUUCAGAGGUAUGUCGUCGCCCUUGGCAAAGUGUUUUGAUAUUUGACUGUGGAUCCUUAAUUGCAUGAUACUCCACUGAAUUUUUAUUUUACUAAUUUUUAUUCUAUGAAACUUGAGGGUUUGUAACAUUGGUGCUCUGUGUAUUUUUCCCUUUUUAAGAUUUAAUUUAAUUUUUAUUUUCGCUUCUUUUUUAUCCCUAUCGAAUCUAAUCCAUAAGAUAGAUAGGUAAGUAGGUAGCAGUAUUCUUGGUAAUGUUUAAGAGAUAUCCAUUCACAGUUAAGUAAGCAGGUAUUAAACGGGUCGUAUAAAUCUUUCCAUAAGCGCUUGGAAUAUUAGCUAAUCUUUGCUAAGCAGAAAAAUUCGCAAAGUUGCGCAAAAAUUAAUUCGUAGCAAAAUUUGGAGUUGAGGUAAUUCGAAUUGCGGUCUACGCAUGCUUCAAGUUCGACCGUGACGUUAGUUUAGGCUUAGGAAGGUGGUGCUUAGUUUUGGCGGUAAUCGCCCUUGUUUUAGCUGAAACAGAAAAAUGUUUGAGCACGAGAACAAUCAAUCUUCAUCUCAAACAAAAUGGUCGCAAGGGGAGCAAAAAGAAUCUGUUUCCCUCUGCACAAAAUUCAACGUACCAAAGAUGUUGGAAGACGCCAAAACAUCAGCCAGGGUAAGCAAGAGUCUGACCGUGGUUCAAUCCCACACCAUUUAUUUCUUUUUCAUCGUAUUUUACUCAAACCAGGCGCCCGCAGAUUUUGUUUAUUGUUCAUUGUAUUAGUGUUACUGAGAAACUCAGAAUCUAAAAGCGGCAAAUUUCUUUCAGAACUACAAUAACUACUUUUAGGCCGGCCAUUGCACGUUCACAUAAUUGCUCUGUGGGUAUUUUUUUCUUAUUUUUAAAUGGAAACUGGUCUAUAUCUAUGUCACAAAAAAGACAGUUAUUCCUAGGAAACGAUAUAUGUAAGGUAUAGUUCCUUAUACUCAUGGACGAGUAACUUUCUAUUUAUUUCUCUGCCAAGUUUGGCCAUGAAGAAGUCGACAUGUUUUACUUUGCGCGCGCUUAUCACGUGGGAAAUUCUGCGUUGUGAGAAUGCGCAGUAAAAUACUUAGAAGUGACCCCUAAAGGCAAAUUAAAGUUGCGGCAUGUUUCAAUCUCUUGUUUAAGUGUCUGUUACACUCUUUAAAAAAGAUACGUCAGGUCAAACUUUGAUUUUUGUUUUGGUAAACAUGAUGCGACAUAUUAUGUAAGAACUCUUUUAUUCAAAUGUUAUCUGAUAUUACCUGCCCUUUUGGCCAUGGCUUGAGGCAAUCUAUCGCUGCAUAGACUCGUAUGAUCUAAAGGUCAAGAGAGAUUCAUAAUGUUACAAAUACGUAAACUAAGAUAGCAGAAAUUUACCGACUCAGGGUUUCUCACAGCUGUGUGAUAGUUUGAUCGACAAUUUAAAAAAAAAAUCGUGCUCAGUGACGAGACCAAAGGAUAACUGGGGACUGAAAUACGAACAAAUACAGACCGCUGUACAGUCUACCGGUCUUUAACCCACAGAGUCCUAUAGGUAUGUUCUGGCAAAAAAAAAAAGAAAAAGAAAUGCGUCAUACAUGGGUUUCCAGGUUACUGUGGUAGUUAUAGUUGGUAUUGUUACUGGUUUUUCACAUUUAGAUGUAAAUUGUUGUCAUAGCAACAAACGAGCCGAAUAUCGUUGAAAAAUUCCCGCUUUUUUUUUUAAGUUUAGAACUGUGGCUUCUCAAUGCCUCUUGGGUAGAAUUUCAGCUUGAGAGGUUGAGUUUUAAGUAUGAAAUGUGAAGAAAGAAGGUCUUUUGAUGUAUUGGUAUUAUUAACUGGUUCUAGAGUUCAUUAUACUGAUUUAUUGUGAUGGAAUAUUUUUCCAGUAGUGGACGACAUAAAAAGCCAUGUUGGCCCAUGAACUAUCCCGCGUGUGAUUAAUUGCUAGUAGUACCUAGUGUCCUCUCAAAACUCACCAAUGAAUUUUCUAUAAACUAAAUUGAACUAGAUUUUAGAAGGUCAAUGAAAGCUUGCACAAUCGCUAUUAAAGAGGACUAAACUUGUAUUAGUUACAAAAAUUUACUUUGUGGUUCGUCAUCUUUUUCGUCCUCAAAUUUUGAUAUUAGUUUGCAGGAAAUAAAGUAACUCGGUAUUUUCAUGCGUAACUUUAUACCUCCACCUAGAUUUCCCUCAUUCAUUUCCUGAUUUUCGUAUUAAUUGUCAGGAAAACUUUAUUAUUCUACAAUUAUCCUGCUCAUUCUGAUAUGGAUAAUUGAAGUCAUGUCGUUAUAUCAAGUACUUAUUUAAUGCUAAUCACUAACUUCACACUUGUAGUGUAGUUGAAGAGUUGUUUUAAAGUUUUAGGACUCGUUCAAUUGUAAUAUUAAUUCAUUCCUUAUGGUUAAUGUAGCAGAAAGUUGGUGAGUUUGGCUUUCAAAGUAUGCGAUGCACACAAAGUAGAAAUAAAUGCAUAUUGAUACACAGCAAGCGAGCCACAUAACCUUUUUUUUUUUUUAUAAGAUGUUGUCCUUUUCUUCAGGGAUUCAUGUGUCAGUAUCCCUCUCUCCUGGCAAAGUUGAUAUGUAAAUACAUCUCACAGAUGUAGUAUUUACUAAAUCCGCAGAGUAUUUCCCUUGAUUUUGUGGUUAUCAAUCUCCCUUCACUAUUUAGUCGACCCUAACGGCCUCUUACUCGAGCCAAAAUAGAUUUACUUUACGUUGAAAGACUGUGCUCCUAUUGUAAGUGGGGUGUAUUUUGGUAGAGUCUAUCUUCCAUUCCUUUGUUCAGUUGGCCAUGUUUGUGAUAUUAACUCACUCUAGACAUACUAUCUGUAGCAUUGUUUAAUAGUAGCUGUAUUGUCUUUUCAGUUCAAGCUCAUAACAACAGUAGAUGAACUCAAGUCUUACAUCGACCGGACACAGCUUACACCUGAGUUUGGUGGAGUCUUCAAUUAUGAUCACGACGAGUGGAUCAGAUUUAGAAUAGUAAGUUUUACUCGUUAUCGUAACUCUCCGUCAACUUGGGGCAAUUCUUUAGAUUUUGACCUGACGUCCUAAGAUAGUUUUACUUGCAGCGCAAUCUGUCCACUUUCAUUAAAGGGCGCCACAAUUUAACGACUGUAGAAUUGACACUUCAAGAGUAAGUUGCACUUGCCUUCCUUAAGAAAAUGACUCGCAUUGAGGAAAUGAAAACGAGUUGUCUGUCGAGCUGGCUCAGUAAGAAUAAAUAUUUGGACAUUUGAACUGGUAUCUGCCACCAAUCCUGUCUAACAAAUAUCGAUGUAAACCACACUUACACUAAUCAUGCUUUUUGUUCUCCACGCCGAAAGACAUUAUUUGACUUAAAAUUAUUGGGGAAACUUCGCAAAUUUUUAGCGCAGGUUCCAACUUGUCGUAGUGGGUCAAUAGACACGUGUUUUGUGCAAGUAACGUUUGAAUCAGUUCAGACGUCCCAACAUUGUCAAAUUUUGAUAUCUAACUGCCUCUCGAGGAAUACGAAUUUCGGUGUCAAGAUGCUGUAUGAAUACCUUAACAUAAUGCCUCUUUCUAGGCAAUUUGACGAAAGAAGGAAAUUGAUUCUUAACGAUGAAGUUACACUAUGACAAGAAUUAAUUUCAGAUUAAUUUGUUCCAAUUAACUAUUAUUCUUGCGGUAAAUAACUCUGCCUUUUUAGUGAAGGAAUUGUCACAUAUUAAACCCGUCUUAUGUCACGAACAAUAAGACAGGAAACGCUAGAUAUUCUUCGGUUGUGUUAUGCUAAUGAUUUUCUAGAAAAAAUCCACUGCUGAUAUGGCAUUCUAUUAACGGUGCACUCUAUUCAACUUCUGUGUACCGGUAUAAGUGUGUGUGUAUUGUUGUAUUUCCUUUAAGCUGAAGUAAACUCGUCUGUCUUUACAACCUGUGAUUUGACUCGCGUAAUACAAAUAGACUUUACUUCAGAAAUAAGAUGAUAUAUUCGUCGACGAACAAAUUUUGUGAUGUUGGACAGUUAAAAAGAUCCUGGUCUAAAAUACUUCCUAAUUUGCCCCUUGGCUUGUAUCAAGGCUGAUCCAUUUUUUGGAUCAUUCCGUUUUCUCUGAGGAGGUCGGUUUUUCUCGCGGUCUUUGUUCCAAGACUAAAUAUUCCGCUUACUUGCUUCACUGACUUUCAUUGUUGAAAGUUGUUCAAUUUAUGAGUAUUUUUGGAAUAAGGACGGUUUAAAAAUAGGUCUAUUAAUUAGAAGUACAAAAGUCAGUAGGCACGAAAAAUGACAGCUUCAACGGCCUAAGAUGUUCGAAGCAAAAUUGAACCUGUUAGCUGGUGAAGGAAUUAAUACCGCAUCCACAUCGUAUAAAAGUAGAUUUCAAGUCGUACAUGUACAGACGGCAAAUUCUUCUCACACAGCGUCUUUUAGUGUGGAAGCUUAAAUCCAGAAUAUUGUUUUUAAAGGCAAAAGAUUCAUCUGAACAGAAUUUGUACACAGAAGCUUAAGCUCACGUAAUUUUCGCAGGCUUUGAUAUUUUUUAUUUCCUUUCGGAACUUGUAUCAUUUCAAAGAGAUUAAUCCCAGGUUUUUAAUCUUUGGAGUUAUAUGCUGUUUGUGUCAUUUGACAAGAAAAACUCAUUGAAAAAAAUAAUACGAUUUCUUCUUUGCAGCUUUCUACUAAUUUCGUGAAGUUACUUGAACAGUCAAUUGCACAUGCAUAAUAUCUCGAUAUGGCAAUAACUUUAAAUUCCUUUGCAAAUUAAAGGAAUACCGCGUCUUAAUUGAGGUCUAAUUGUGCGGGGUGUAUUGCCGUUUUGAAAAAAUGAUUUCUUUGUUCUUACCAAUAUCCAUCCUUUGUAUCACCCUGCUACAAACCGCAACGCUGGGAGCUUAGCUGAGCGUCCAAAAGCCGACUUCCUAUGAAUUUAACCGAACUUGUUGACAGUAUCAAUUGUUCGCGACAGUUAAGCUACCGUUGUACUUCUAUUCAGCGGUCAACUUUCAAAACACUCGGAAGAGAGUAAAAUACCGCUAAAUAUCUCCCCAAAUUUAGGCGCAAGGAGGCACUUUCUGACGCAAGGGAAAGAGAGGUUUGUUUCAGAGGUAUGCUUUGAGAAUAACACGGUUUUCGUGUUUCAGAAACUUGAACCGUUCAUGACUGGAUGUAGGAGUGCUGCUAAACUGGCUAUGGGCGUCAUGCAACAAUUCACAAGCAGCACGCUGGGAGAAAACAUUCAAGAGUGCAAAGAUUUACUAGAACAACAUCAUCAGAAGAUCAAGGACGUGUUUGAAGACAGUAGAUUGUCGGCUUUACAAGUUGAGGGAGAACAGAUCUUAAUCAGACUACAAGAAGAUGAGGCGUCGUUACCGAAAGUACCAGAUUACAUCGAAACUGUGAACUGUGUCACUAAACUCUACCAUCAGAUGAAUGAAGUGUUUUGUAGACUAGAGAUGUUGACGGAAAACAGAACAAGGAGAUUAGAACAGUGUCUGGCCUUGAAAGAGUUUGAAAAAGACAUGGAAGAGGUAUGGAAGGUGUAGAUGUAUAUAAGGAUAUUGAGACAUCAGCCUUCUUCCCACACUCAAAGUUGUUUUUGUUUAUUUUCUUAAUGGGCGAAGGGAGUUGGCAAUGAGGUUGUUCUUACAAGUGUGAGGUUUUGAAAUUAUUGUGAAAGUUCGUAAGCACAGCAAAUUCCCGGCCGUUAUUUUCCAAGCAGAAAGUUAACAUUAUUCAAUGGAAAAUUUACGAAACAAAGCAUCAACCACACGAGGUUGCAACAAAAGUGCUGGCAAAACCGUUUGAUUUGUCUUAACGUUGUGAACUGGUGUUUCCGUCAAUAGUGUAAAUGACGUCACGAUCUCUUUACAAGCACGUCCGCUUGCAUCGGGAACGUGAAGUUGUGAAACUCGUGUCCAGGCUAUUACAUGCACUUUGCCAUCGUCGUUAUUUUGCGUUGAGCUCGCUAAAUUUUGUUAAUACUGUUAUAAGUCUCAAGAUUUUGUGUUUGAUUCUUCUUCUUGGUGCCACACGUCCUUUGAAAUUAGUUUGGAGAAUUUAGUGUGUAUCAAGACAGCUCCUCGUAACCAUUUUGUUGUAUGAUAUACUGAAUUUGUACGAAGAGGUUACAGUUUCAUUUCCACAGUACUUUCCUGUUCCGUGCCACUUCUUGAAAAAGAGCGAACUUGUUACCUGAUUUUUUGAAACAAUGGCUCUUCUCUGUAACAUUCCAUUUUUUUGUAGGUAGUGGGGUGGAUAUCGACGAAAGGAGAACAGUUUUUCGACAAACAUACCGAGGUUGGAGAUUCCAUUGGGCACGUCAAAACACUUCAAGAAGAGUUCGACAAUUUUGAAAAUAAAGCUAAGGUAACAAAGAGGAGGCAUCCAUAUUAAAAGACAACACUCACUGAUAUUUAAGUGUACACUUAAAGGUUGAAGACAAGUCGCCAGAAAGCGACAGUGUCUAGGUUUGAGAGAGGGUUAUGAUUUGCUAAUUAGCCACAGUAUUUACUCGUGCGGAAAUUAACAGAAAAUAUCGUCUUGUAUGUUAUUUGUUUUUAUUUGUGAUUCCAUGUUGUCAGUGAAAGUGAUGAUGUGUACAAUCUGCUCGGAGGAAACUUCUGUAACUGUAACGUGUGGAAUUUGCUAUGAUUACAGUACGGUAAAGUGUACAGACACUUUUUGUGGACUUCAGUUCGUAACCAUUGGACAUUCAUCGUAGUUUUAAUGUUUAGGGAUGACAAUAGUACGACUAAUGUUCUGAUGAGGGUGUAUUGAUCAGUCUUUAGCAAUUGUACGGUACUUGUCAGGUCUAAUAUUUUUUAUUUGUUCGUGCACAGUGCGGUUGUGCACCGCUAGAUAUCUUGUAGCAUGUUGCGCUGUUUCUUACUUCAUUUUAGAGAGUUUGUUGUUGCACAUGGUUGGUCAUCAUGAAGAUUUAGAUGUCUCCUUUAAGUUUGAGUAAGAUUGAUCCCUCAGAAUGUAACGAUAGCAGAUACAAUUAGUCACUUUCUCAAUAAGAGCAAUAUGUUUGUCGUUUUAAUUUGCCGCUUUCUUGCUGUUGUUUACAGUGUUACUGUGACCGUGUGGAAAAUCUGCUCGAGGAAGGAAGCAGUAUGGUGGAAGGAGGCCAUUAUGAAGGAAUUGGAAUAAAGGAGAGGAAGCGAUCUUUAGAAGAGGUUUACAGAAAGUUUUGUAGAAGACUUGAACAGAGAAGACAACAACUUAGUUCUUCAAUGGAGUUUUACCAACUGGUUGAUCAGGUAAUGCACUUCACUAAAUUUCCAAUCUAGUUUGUGCCUCCUUUGUAAGCUACAACAGCCUCAGAAACUCUCUGAGUGUCGUACCAGGCUACCAUUGCAACAUAACACUACGGAAGGAGAAACCUUAAAUUUUACCUUUUUUUCCAAAAGUAUCGGUUGAGGCUCUGCUUGCAGGUAAACAACUAAAGUUAUAGUUCAUUUAAGUGACUAUUUUACACGAGAAUUUGAAGCUCGGUCCUUUCACCUUAAUUUUUGUGCAAAGUUUCAAAUGAAUAAUGUGCAGAUGUGUAAUCUUCAUUUAAUAGGCCUCUGAAUGGUCCAUGGCGACUCUCACUCAGAUGGCAACUAUGAACAUGGAAGAAAUUCUUUAUUUGGAAGGAGUCACAGCGCUGUCACGGGCUUUGGAAAAAUACCUGGAAGAUACUCCAGUGUGGAGUGAAAGCCGGCUCAACAGGAUCUCUGAGCUGGCCACAAAUUUGGGAAGCGCUAAACCGGUCAAAAUCGCUGAAAAUAUAUUGACAAGAUACAAGGAAAUUUUAGACAUGUUACAGAAGCGACAGGAGACUCUACGCAGAGCUGAGGAGAGACUAUCGGUGAGUUUGCGAUUCAAGUGUUUUUGUGACUCAGAGCACAGAGCCGCUUUUCGCAGACAUAACAUGUGGCGAUCUAGAAUUAGCUAACAGGAGGUCCAAAGGGACGAUCCUUCACUGGAAAAUUCUUUUUUGGCCUCUUUUCGGAGAGGGUUUUGACAGCAAGGCAAUUGUUUAGUGCAGCUGAUCGUUAAGGAAAAUCGUAAAAAGUUUUAUCAAAGGGCAAUGAUGAGAGUAAUGAAUGAAAUUAAAGAAGAACUAAAGAACUAAAAGAAAAACAUAUUUCCUGACAUGGUUAACUUCUGUUCAAACGUUAAGGGUUAGAAACGGAACCAAAUAUUGCUGACAAAACGAAGUAACGAAGAAUACUGUAUUGCACUUUGAAACAAGGUUUUGAGUUGUUUAGGGAGAAAUAGCUUUUAACACAGGAGGUAAAUCAGAGGAAAAUAGAUAUCGAUUCUAGUAAGCGCGAGAUAAACUUCUCAGGAGUCAACUGAAUGUAUAUAUGUAUGAACUUUCUUUUCUUCUGAUUUCUGGUUCCUCCAGGGUCACCCUUCAAGCGAAGUUAGUAGCACCACUACUGGUGGUAGUGAUGAGUCUACUUCUUCCAGUCCUGGCCGAGAAGAGGACGUGGGCGAGGACGAUAGGGACUUGGGUGAGAGUGAAGAUGAAGCGGACAAACCGAUUACGCACGUGGAGGCGCCUUCUCGACGGCGGAGAUCAUCAUGUACCCCACCCUCUGCCUUAUAUUCAUGGAAAGAGGUAACACUUGGUAAUAGAUUAGUAAUAGAAUUUUAUUUUGCGAUGAAAAAAUUUCUCUGGUAAGGGGUUUAUUUUGUUGGAAAUUGCCUUUUUUCCUUUUUUUUUUAGAAUGAACUUCCCAUUGUUGAAGAAAUGCCACCGCUGAAUCCCCGCACGGAGGAGUAAGUGGCCUUGAUUUAAGUGUCAAGAAAUUUGUAAAUGUUUCCUCACACCUUGAAAAAUAUGGCAACUUGCAACCUUGAAGCAACUUAGGUAAAUUCACGUAUUUCUAAACGAAUUGUUGCAAAUCUCGGCUUAAAUCGUAUCCAGUUCUUUUUUCUCUCCCUGCCUCGUUGUUUAACAUAUCACGAGUAAUGGCUGUCCUUUGUACAGCUGUGUUGAUUUGUUUACUUGUUCGAUCCUAGAAAGCUGAUGUACAUAUUUCAAGAAAUGGUUGACACCGAGAGGGACUAUGUCAAAUCGCUGCAGUACAUCAUGGAUGUGAGUUGAAAUAUUGUAAAAUUUUAUAGAGUGGGUAAAAAGACGAGUUAAGAUUUUUAUGGUUAUUAUUGGUUGGCGAUACGGCUCAUUCAUCAGUGUUCAUUUUGAUUUUCGUUUUGUUGUAGAAUUACAUUGUAGAGAUGGAUAACCCAGAUUUACUUCCCUCUUUGAAAGGAAAGAAAAACAUUCUGUUUGGAAACAUAGAGAGAAUUCACGAUUUUCACAAAAGGUAAGAGUCGUGUUCAAACAACGGUAACCAGCUGAAAGGAAAUCGUUUGGUGUUAUAAGUGCGUAUCGUGUCAAUUCUUUUUGCCUUGUAGGUAUUUCCUACAGGAACUAGAAGCAUGCAAGGAUAGAUUCCUGGACAUUGGGAGUUGUUUCCUGAAAUGGGUACGUGUGAAAGUAGAAAGGGAAUCUAUUUUGAUAAAACAAGGAUAUUGCAAAGGGUCACUUAGCCAUCUUGUGCUGGAUCUCAUAGAUGUAUUAUGUUCCUUGCAAACUAAGUUCGGAUUGCCGAGUGAAACGAGUUGAGUUAAGUGUAUUCAAUUAAUUUAGUUGCAAGUCGUCUGAUAGAGGAUAUGCCUGUAUGAUGUGUUUGUAGGAGCGCCAGUUUUAUUUGUACGCUUUGUAUAACAAGAACAAGCCCCGUUCAGAUCAACUGCUCUCUGAUCAUGGCAAUGUGUACUUCAGGGUAAGUCGUGCUUUUAUUUAUUUUUAUUUUGUUAGAUGAACCUCCAAUGUCACUGAUCCUAUCGAGAUCCAAACCAUUCUGAUCAGGUGGUGGUAUCAGACACUUUGAAGUGUUAUGCAGUGUGUUUUUGUUUUAAGUUCUGCUUGGUUAUUAUAACGUGUACGUGAUAUGUUUGUGUAACUUGGUCGAAGUAACGAUUUGCUCUCUACUUAUAGUUUUCUAUUCUCAGUUAAGGUCACUAGAAACUGGCGUUUUUCUCCAAUGACGUUAAAAUGCAUUCAUUAUAGUUUGUAGUAAACAAGAAGAGUAAAACUAAUGUUAUAUAUCUUCCAGGCUCGUCAAAAAGAACUUGGAGACAAACUUGAUCUCGGCAGUUUUCUUAUAAAACCAGUUCAGCGGAUGGGAAAGUACAGUCUCUUGCUGCGCGUAAGUCAAACAUAACCUUCAAGGAUAAAAGCCAAAUUUCCUAAUUUCUCUGAGAAGAAUAGAAUUGCUGAGCGUACUUUCUAGCAUAGAAGACCUCAAAUACCCACGUAGGGGACGCUUUACUAAAUAUGAGACGGCUCGCGUCCUGGACUCGGGUGGAGAGGUCAAAGUUCGAAAUUUGCUGGUCCAUUGUGUUGGGUUUUUGGGGAAAAACACUUAACUCUCAGUGCCUUCCUUCACUCAGGAGCAUGUCACCCAGCCGGGGGGGGGGGGAGCAAUACUCCUCCUUGGCAUUAUGUUGUUGAUAGUGGAACUGAGAAUGACAGGCGCGAGACGUUUUCAAUCCGUUACUCGUAUUUGUUUAGACGAUUGACGCAUUAUCUGUGUUCCAUCACAGGAUAUGAUCAAGGCACUCAGCGUUGGACAUCCCAAAAUCUCUGAGCUCAAGGUAUAUGAUAAUGUUGUGUGAAUCAUGGUUGCAGUGCUUUUUUGAAUAAAAAAUUGCCUUUUAUCUAACAACCAGCAGUGUAGCUGAUUUUUUAUUGAUUCUUUUAUUUCCAGGCUGCUGAAGAAAUGGUUAAAUACCAACUGCGGCAUGGGAACGACUUGCUGGCCUGGGACUCACUGAGGGGCUGUGAUGUAAGUAUUAGAGAACGUCACUUGUUAUGGAUGAUUGUGCUUUAAAAUGGUGGACAAGCAAAAAAGCGAAAAACAGUAGUCUUCUGUCCCCAAUGGUCCAUUUUUGCAAGUUCCUAUCUCCACUUUCUGAGCUGAAUGGGAGAACGUCAGGUUUCCCUGACAUUUCGCUAGUUGUCACUUAUACUCCAGGGCGGAGAGAGAUGCUGUUCCAGUAAAUAGUUUUGCCAAAGAUUACAGUGCAAUGACCUAGCAGGGGUGCAAACUCGAACCUCAUCUUUCUGAGUACACCAUGUCGCGCCUCAACAGGGAAAUAAGGAUAAAGAUUUUCAAGGAACAAGACAGAUGACACCAAUAAAACUGAUCCAACACAAUUUCCCAAGUUCGCUUACACGUAAGUGAGAAGCGAACCCGAUCGAAGGGUAAUAAACAUGUGGCUAUCAUAUUUUUAUCUACACUGUUUAGUUGGAUUUUACUUGUUCCCGAUCUUUGAAAGGCACGGUUUUCUUACUUUAGUUUAUAUUCAGAACUGUAAUUAAAACCAAAUAUCCACUUGCAGAUAAAUUUAAAAGAACAGGGCCGUCUAUUACGCCAAGACAACUUCACUGUUUGGAAUGGGAAGAAAAAGCAUCAACGGAGAAUUUUCUUACAGGAUGAUUUGGUUAUAUUCAGCAAAGUCAGGAAACAGCCUGGAGGAGUUGACUUGUAUUACUACAAAAACUCCCUUAAGGUACUGGAUUAGUUUAUAAAUACAAACAGGAAUAAAUAUGUAUUUAGAUUUUGGAAAGAGGGAUCGCCAACACUACCGCUAUUUUUUAAGUAACGAGGAAAUCACCCCUUUUUUAACUCAACUUUUUUUAUCCCAGCUUUUUAUUUUUAAUUUGUCCUUCGUGAAAACAGUGUGGACUUUAAAAUCUUUUGAACCCCUUCUGUUUUUUAUUGACGUGCAUUUGAGUAUUUCCAAGCCGGAUUUUGCUCAAUCCAAUCUCCUGUAAUGGUCUCAAUGUUUGCUGACCCCGAUAUUUGUUUCUUUUCAUUCAGACAAGUGAUUUGGGUCUAACGGAGAAUGUCGGUGACAGUGGGCUCAAGUUUGAACUAUGGUUUAGAAGAAGGAAACCAGAUGACACAUUCGUUUUACAGGUCAGCAGUUCAUGUCCAGAGACACUCUUUCGUGUUUUCGCUUCAGUGUUCUACACGUCUCACGUAUUGUUCAGAUACCAGAUUUAGGACAACCCUUUCACCUUUCUGUAUCGUGCAUGAAGUUCGAUACUGAAAGAAAUAUCAAUCAAGUGUUCGGGGCAAAGACUUACGGAAUUUAGUGUUGAAACUUAAUUUUCAGGUCCCCAAUUGACGUCAGUUUUCGUUUGUUGAUCUGUAGGCACAAUCUUUCGAAGCGAAAACGGCUUGGGUGACAGAAAUCACAAGGUUACUGUGGAAACAAGCGAUGCGAAAUAGGGGUGAGUGUUUAACUUGUGUCACACAUCGAUGCCUACGUGCGUACGUGAGUUCGUGUGUAUGUGCAUACACUCGGUUGUUUUUACUCCAGUGCCUUCGUUCGUUAAAACGUGCGUGCGUACGCUCAUAGGUGUUUCGUUUCUGUUAUCGUACUUUCGUUGGUUUGUUUGUUCGAUGUGAAAUGUGAGUUCAUGUUUUUGAUCGUUCGUGGUUCGUUUAUUCAUGAUCUAACAGUCUAGACCAAUCACAGAGCGAAGUUAAACCCAUUCAAAAAAAUCGUUUUAUCUUCAAUUUUCAGAGUAUGGUUUAACGGAAGCGUCAACAGGUAUUAGUGUUGGAAGUCAACCGCCUCUAGUAAUUCCUAGUACCCAGCCCGGGGACACGUCACCAUACCAACCGGUAGUCAACGCUGUUCAUGUGCCUCUUAUUAGGACUCAGUCCCUACCAUCCAACACCUACAGUCCCCGUUCGACAAAGAAGCGUCUAUCAGUUGUUAGCUCAGAGACUGCCUCAAGCAUGGAGUCUUCAAGCAGUAGCGGUGUCUAUGACCUCAAUCUUCCUGCAACGGACGAAGAGAACUCUAUACGAACCAGCAUUGUAACACCGCUCGAAGAGAAACUGUCGAAAUCUGGUGGGAAACGCAAUAAAGUGCGGAAAAUAUCUACAGAGAAAUCACCUUUGGCACAACUGAAUAACAAAGAAAGACUUGUCGAGGAAGUUACCUCCGGCAGCAUGGAAAAUCUCUCUGAUGGAAGAAAAAGUAGUGCUGAGGAAACGCCGGGCCUCAAAUUUGGAAAAGACAAACUUGUUGCGACACCAGAGGAGGACAAGGAGGACAAAAAGAUAAAUAAUUUUUUCAAAUCUUUUUCUCUACGGGAGAAAUUUACGGAUAGAAGUAGAUCGAGAAGUCUGGAGGACAGUUUUGUUGGUUCCCCAGUUAUACGGAGAGCAAGUAAGGAAAAAGACAGUUAUAACACUGCACCGCGGAGGAGAUCAUUUAUAGAGAAGAUAUCGAUGAAAUCCCACGUGGACAAUUCCCCAAAGAGGCGAAACUCGUUAGAAAUUCCCAGUCCUAAGAAUGGAAAGAACCUUGGAGAAGACGAGGAGAAAAACGAGAAAAUAAAGGGACAGACUACAGAGGUAAACCAAGAAUACUUUGUUUACUUUUACUAG